CAUGACGUAGAUUCCCUACGACGCACGUGUGCGCGCAGUGAGGAGUAAAGAUGGACGCGGUGAGGCUCGAGUUCCAUGAAAUGGGCUUAGACGACCGUCUGCUAAAGGCGGUGGCGGACCUGGGCUGGUCCCAUCCCACCCUGAUCCAGGAGAAGGCCGUCCCUCUGGCCCUGGAGGGGAAGGACCUGCUGGCCCGGGCUCGGACCGGGUCGGGGAAGACGGCCGCCUACGCCAUCCCCAUCAUCCAGCGGAUCCUGGCCUCCAAGCAGAGCGUCCGUGAGCAGGAUGUCAGAGCUCUGGUUCUGGUUCCGACCAAAGAACUGGGCCAGCAGGUCCAGAUGAUGAUACGACAGUUAACGGCGUUUUGCUCCAGAGACGUCCGGGUGGCCGACGUCACCGGGAAGGCAGACCUGUCUGCACAGAGGCCCGUCCUGAUGGAGAAGCCCGACGUGGUCGUUGGGACGCCGUCCCGCAUCCUCGCCCACCUCGCCGCUCAGAACCUGGUGCUGCACUCGUCUCUGGAGAUGCUGGUGGUGGACGAGGCCGACCUGCUCUUCUCCUUCGGCUUCGAGGACGACCUGAAGAGCCUGUUGUGUCAUUUGCCGAAGAUCUACCAGUCGUUCCUGAUGUCGGCCACGCUCACCGAGGACGUUCAGGCCCUGAAGGAGCUGCUGCUGCACAACCCCGUGAUCCUGAAGCUCCAGGGCUCUCAGCUGCCGGACAGCAGCCAGCUGCAGCAGUACAGCAUCAAGUGCAGCGAGGAGGACAAGUUCCUGCUGAUCUACACGCUGCUGAAGCUGCGUCUGGUCCAGGGGAAGACGCUGGUCUUUGUGGGCGCGGUGGACCGGAGCUACCGGCUCAAACUGUUCCUGGAGCAGUUCGGGAUCCCCUCCUGCGUCCUGAACUCUGAGCUGCCCGUCCAGUCCAGGUGUCACAUCAUCACUCAGUUCAAUCAGGGAUUCUAUGAUUACAUCAUCGCCACCGACGAGGAGAGUCUGGCCGACCCGGCUGCUGCGCUGCAGGCCGGCAAAGGGAAGAAGAAGAAGAGCACGGAGAGAGGAGGAGGAAAGACGAAGGACAAAGAGUUCGGCGUCUCCAGAGGAGUCGACUUCCAGAACGUCGCCAACGUCGUCAACUUUGACUUCCCGCUGACCGCAGAGUCGUAUAUACACCGAGUGGGGAGGACGGCCAGAGCAGACAACCCCGGCACCGCUCUGUCCUUCAUCGCUCACACAGAGCUCAGUUUGCUGGAGGAGGUGGAGGAGGCGCUCACAGGAGACAACACCGGCACCGGCCUGAAACCCUACGAGUUCAAGAUGGAGGAGAUCGAAGGCUUCAGGUACCGCUGCAGGGACGCCAUGCGCUCCGUGACGAAGCAGGCUGUGAAGGAGGCCAGACUGAAGGAGAUCAAACUGGAGCUGCUCAACUCAGAGAAGCUCAAGACGUAUUUCGAUGACAACCCUCGAGACCUUCAGCUGCUCCGUCACGACAAAGACCUCCACCCGGCCGUGGUGAAGCCCCACCUGAGGAACGUCCCCGAGUACCUGAUCCCGGAGACGCUGAAGGGCGUCGUGAACCCGCUGUCCAAUCGGAGGAGGAGGAAGAAGCUCAAGACGCAGCCGGAGGGAGUCGUGAAGAGCAGCUUCAAGAAGAACAUCCCGGGGAAGAACCCUCUGAGGAGCUUCAGGUACAGCGCAGCGAGGAACCCGAGAGGCAAAGCGGGCCCGUCGUAGCUGCAGAGCCCCGGAACCGGCACCCGGUCCUGGAACCUGAACUGAGUUCCGGAGGGACUCUGAACUCUUGAACCUUUUGAGAACCAGAGGCCGAAUGCAGGAAGAGUCGAGUCCGAAGACGCCAAUCCUAAACGUACAGUAUCUGUAUUCUUACGUCUGACGAGCCCACGAUGAAAUGUUUUCAAUAAAGUGAAUUAUUCUCCAAA